UUAGUAAUUCUUUACAGAGGAAGAUAUCUCUAUUAGGAGUUUAUCAACUCAGUAUGUUAAAUAUCUAGCAUUUGACCCCCUGUAUUGUUUGCCACUUUGUCUCUGAGUUUAUUCUAUAGGAUGUUGCCCCCCCCUGGAAAGUUUUCUAUCUUGUGUUUAUGUACUAUCUAGAUUAAUAAUACAAUUUUUAAAAUCCCAGGAUAUGGAAGAAAGUAUUAUAUACUUCUCUUGUAUAACAUCCUAAAAUUAAAUAUUGAAUCCCCCCCAACAGCAAAUAGCAGCUGCUCCCAGCUUUCGUUGGUCUCUGGGUCAGAGCAGUGACUAUGUACUACUUUUGCAGUGUGAGCUUUCAUGUUGGUAUGUGAGGCUUCUGCCAAAGUUUUUGCUCAUGCUCCCUUUCUCCCUCUGGGUUUCUGUUUUUCUUGUGGCUCUCUGAAGUGAACAAACGUUAGUCAGUGAUUUGCUGUACUAUAACUGUGAGGGAUGGUAGAUGUGAGGGAUAGUAGAUUGUAGGCUGUGUGACAAAAUGGUUUGGUCUCUAUCUUUGGCUUCUCAGUUGUAGACUUCAUGCUGGUUGGCUACAGUUUUGUUUUUUCUGGAUAUCAGAAAUAAGGAAGACUUCUUUUUUAAAAAAAGCCUUCUGACACAAUCUGUCGGGUAGAUCUGGACUGCAUUUGAAUGCACCAUAUCUAUGGAUGACAUUAAGACUACGCAACAAGCUCACUAUUGGAUUUAAUUGCACUUACUUUUCUGGCUUUAAGAUUUAUAUUCAUUGAAUAAAAUCUAAUUUUUCACCCAUUGAAAUGAUGAAACGAAGAAGGGAGAGAUUUGGAGCCCCGUCUCUACGGAUCCAAAUCUCCUCUCCUUUCCUCUCCUACUGCCGAGGAAGUGAUGUGCAUCAGCAUGUCUUCUCUCCUACAUCUGCUCCAGGUCUACAACAUCUUAAAAACCCACUUAGUGCUGAUUGUGCCCUUGCUACUUCUCCUCUAGCAUUUUACCUCAACCCACAUCCUCAGAGCAACCCUGGUAGCCCCUGCCACAGCAACCCACUUCAGUGGAGCUGCCGGACCAGUAAUAGAAAGAGCUUGAUUGUGACUUCCAGCACAUCUCCAACACUUCCACGGCCACAUUCACCACUCCAUGGACAUGCAGGAGGAAGUCCAUUGGACAGUCCCAGAAAUUUUUCCCCAAAUGCACCUUCUCACUUUUCCUUUGUUCCUGCCCGCAGCCAUGGACACAGGGCAGACAGGACAGAUGGACGCCGUUGGUCUCUGGCCUCCCUUCCUUCAUCUGGAUAUGGAACUAACACACCUAGUUCAACAGUUUCAUCAUCUUGCUCAUCUCAGGAGAAGCUACAUCAACUGCCCUAUCAGCCAACAGCAGAUGAACUUCAUUUCCUGACAAAGCAUUUCAGUACAGAAAGCAUCACUGAUGAGGAAGGACGACAUUCCCCAGCAAUGCGGCCCCGGUCUCGCAGUCUCAGUCCUGGCCGUUCUCCAGUAUCGUUUGAUAGUGAAAUAGUAAUGAUGAACCAUGUGUACAAAGAAAGGUUUCCAAAGGCCACAGCCCAGAUGGAGGAACGAUUGGCAGAGUUUAUUGCAUCCAGUGCACCAGAGAAUGUACUGCAGCUAGCAGAUGGAGUUCUGAGUUUCAUUCAUCAUCAAGUUAUUGAGUUGGCCAGAGAUUGCCUGGAUAAAUCACGUGAAGGACUUAUUACGUCUCGGUACUUUUAUGAAUUGCAGGAAAACCUUGAGAAACUCCUACAGGAUGCUCACGAACGAUCAGAAAGCUCAGAGGUGGCAUUUGUAACCCAGCUGGUGAAAAAGUUGAUGAUCAUAAUUGCACGGCCUGCACGAUUGCUAGAGUGUCUGGAGUUUGAUCCCGAAGAGUUCUACCAUCUGCUAGAAGCUGCAGAAGGCCAUGCAAAGGAAGGGGAAGGCAUUAAAUGUGACAUUCCUCGUUACAUUAUCUGCCAGCUGGGCCUCACCAGGGAUCCCCUGGAGGAAAUGGCCCAGCUGAAUAGCUAUGACAGUCCAGAUACUCCAGAGACAGAUGAUUCUACUGAGGGAAAGAGCCGUCGAGCCACUGUGCAAGUAAAAAAACCUCCUUCUGAAGAAGAAUUUGAAACUAUUAAACUUAUUAGCAAUGGGGCGUAUGGUGCAGUGUUCUUAGUGCGCCACAGAACUACCCGUGAGCGUUUUGCAAUGAAGAAAAUCAAUAAGCAGAACCUUAUUUUGAGGAAUCAAAUUCAGCAAGCUUUUGUGGAGAGAGACAUCUUAACUUUUGCAGAGAAUCCUUUUGUUGUCAGCAUGUUCUGCUCUUUUGAAACCAAACGGCACUUGUGCAUGGUCAUGGAGUAUGUUGAAGGAGGAGAUUGUGCAACUCUUUUGAAGAAUAUUGGAGCUUUGCCUGUUGAUAUGGCAAGGAUGUAUUUUGCAGAAACUGUUCUGGCGCUGGAGUAUCUCCACAAUUAUGGCAUCGUUCACCGUGACCUAAAGCCUGACAAUCUUCUUAUAACUUCAAUGGGUCAUAUCAAACUGACUGAUUUUGGUCUCUCUAAAAUUGGCUUAAUGAGUCUGACAACCAACCUGUAUGAAGGUCACAUUGAGAAAGAUACCAGAGAAUUCUUGGAUAAGCAAGUUUGUGGGACUCCAGAAUACAUUGCCCCAGAAGUGAUCUUGCGUCAGGGUUAUGGAAAGCCUGUGGACUGGUGGGCCAUGGGAGUCAUCUUGUAUGAGUUUUUGGUUGGUUGUGUUCCUUUUUUUGGUGACACACCAGAAGAGUUAUUUGGGCAAGUAAUCAGUGAUGAAAUUGGCUGGCCAGAAGGAGAUGAGGCUUUACCUUCGGAUGCACAGGACCUCAUUGGUAAAUUUCUCCGACAAAAUCCCUUGGAAAGACUGGGAACAGGUAGUGCUUUUGAGGUGAAACAGCACAGGUUCUUCAAGGACUUGGACUGGAAUGGAUUACUCCGGCAAAAAGCAGAAUUUAUUCCACAGUUGGAAUCUGAAGAUGACACAAGCUACUUUGACACUCGUACCGAGCGGUAUCAACAUUUAGAUUCUGAGGAAGAAGAAGACACGAAUGAUGAUGAUCAUGUGGAAAUUAGGCAGUUUUCUUCAUGUUCACCAAGGUUUAGCAAGGUAUACAGUAGCAUGGAACGUCUUUCAAUCCAUGAAGAGAGAAGAACACCACCACCCACAAAGCGUAGCCUGAGUGAGGAAAAAGAUGACAGAAUAGAUAGUCUUAGUGGCCUGAAGAGUCGUGAUCGCAGCUGGGUGAUUGGGUCUCCUGAAAUACUCCGUAAACAUAUUUCAGUGUCUGAAUCCUCCCAUACAGAGAGUGACUCCAGCCCACCACUUACUGUCCGUCGACGUUGUUCUGGGCUUCUCGAUAUGCCCCGCUUUGCUAUUUCAACUGAGGAAGAAGGAAGAAAGAAAUCAUUGGAUGGGACAUUGCUGCCAGUCACACAGCCACGGGAGAGUCUUCCUCUUCCAAUUCCAGAGCAACCGGUAGAACGAGAACUCCAGCUGGAUGAUGGAGAUGGGCUAAAAACACCCUCUUCAGCUACUUCUAAUAUAAGCAGCUCAACACUGACAGCUGGGAGCACUACAGAUUUCUCUGAGCAACGUACUCGCAGUAAUAGCAACGAGGGCCCAGAAUUUACUUCUCCUAAAGCCACAAGUGACUUAGCAGUGCGACGAGCCCGACAUAGAUUACUCUCUGGUGAGUCGGGGGAAAAACGGACUUCACGGCCUGUCAAUAAAGUGAUUAAGUCAGCUUCAGCCACUGCUCUCUCCCUCCUAAUUCCCUCAGAGCAUCAUACAUGUUCUCCACUGGCCAGUCCAAUGUCACCCCAUUCUCUCUCCUCCAACCCAUCUUCAAGAGACUCAUCUCCAAGUCGAGAUUUUUCUCCUGCUGUUAUGAACCCUAAACCACCAAUCAUCAUCCACCGUGCUGGGAAGAAAUAUGGCUUCACACUUCGUGCCAUCAGAGUUUAUAUGGGGAACAGUGAUAUCUACACUGUGCAUCACAUGGUCUGGCAUGUUGAGGAAGGUGGACCUGCUAGUGAGGCAGGUCUUCGAGAAGGAGACUUGAUCACCCAUGUGAAUGGAGAACCUGUUCAUGGAUUGGUUCAUACUGAAGUGGUGGAGUUGGUCCUGAAGAGUGGGAAUAAAGUAUCCAUAUCUACUACACCUUUUGAGAAUACAUCAAUCAAAGUUGGGCCAGCUCGGAAAGCAAGCCACAAAUCAAAGAUGGCAAGAAGGAACAAAAAGAGUAAAACAAAAGAUGGACAAGAAAGUAAGAAGAAGAGCUCUCUGUUCAGAAAAAUCGCUAAGCAGGCAUCUCUGCUUCAUACCAGUAGAAGUUUAUCCUCUCUUAACCGUUCUUUAUCAUCUGGGGAAAGUGUUCCUGGUUCACCAACUCACAACCUCUCCCCUCGUUCACCAACCCAGAGCUACCGUUCUACUCCUGAGUCCACACAUUCAGUGGGUGGAAACUCCUCUCAAAGCAGUUCGCCUAGUUCCAGUGUUCCCAACUCUCCCGCUAGUUCAGGACAUAUCCGGCCUAGCUCUUUGCAUGGAUUAGCACCAAAGCUUCAACGGCAGUAUCGCUCCCCAAGACGUAAAUCUGCAGGGAACAUUCCUCUCUCACCACUAGCACAUACUCCUUCACCAACACCACAGUCCACAUCACCUCAGCGCUCCCCUUCCCCUUUACCAGGACAUUCAGUUGGCAGUUCAAGCAUCAUACAAUCUUUCCCUGUAAAAUUACACUCUUCUCCACCUCUUGUUCGACAAAUUUCAAGGCCCAAGAGUGCUGAACCACCAAGAUCCCCUCUGUUGAAGAGAGUUCAAUCAGCUGAAAAACUAACCUCUUCACUGUCCUCAUCAGAAAAAAAGCUGGCCUCUUCACGCAAGCACAGCCUUGAUAUUUCCCAUUCCGAAUUCAAAAAGGAAAUGCUCCAGAGAGAUCCAGGUCUCCAAAGUUGGCAAGAAUCAAUUAAUGAAACAACUGGAGGUAAAGUUGGACUUGCAGAAAAGGGAAUGCUCCAAAAACCUUCCCGAAAACUAGGGGCCAUUCGGCAAGAUAGGGUGGAGAGAAGAGAGUCUCUACAGAAGCAAGAGGCCAUCACAGAAGUGGAUUCUUCUGAAGAUGAAACUGACGAAGGGUCAGAAGAUAGUCAAGAUGGGAAAAGAGUGGAUAGGCCACCCUUCAGCAGAGACCACCAAGUUUCUGAUUCGUUCACUGAGGAUAUGAAGCUUUCCUCCAAGUUGGAAAGCAAAGACAGUAUGGAGGAAGAGACUUUCCUUCCUGAGGAACCAAAAGCUAAUAAUUUGCAGAAUAGGACAAAACAACAACAACCAAAGGAUAUUACAGGGACACCACUACUGGAUGUAGAGACAUCACAGUCUGAGAUUGUUUUGAGGACUUCACCCACAGAAAAACCUGGUGGCUGUGAAACAAUUAAGUUAGUAUCAAAAGCUGAAAUAACAUCAAUAUCUAUUGAAGGCAAUAAAAUCAGUGAUAUCGAAUAUGCUAAAGAUCCUAAAAAACCUGUGAUUAUCCAGGAAAGCAUAGAUUGUCCAGAGCAUGUGAAGUGCCUACCACUGAGCUCCGUGCAGGUUGGUCAAGGUGACUGCAUAGGGUUGGCACAUGACAAAGAUAAAGUGAAGAAAUCUGCUUCUGAAGAAUCCACUUACAUAUUAUCUCACAAAUCUAUGCCUUUGUUAGCACUUUCUUCUACUUGCACAAGUAGCACAAGCUCUCUUCCACUACUAAGCCAAAAAGACUGUAAAGAUACACCUCAGAAACAGGAACACCUAUCUACCCAAGAAAGUCCCAGGAUUUGGAAUUGGGCAAACAGUGGUGAAAUGUCUGCACAAAGAGCCUCUGAUUCUGAAGAACUGCAAGUAAAACCUAGGGUAGCAAUUUCAAAACAAAAAGAUCAGUCAAAUCAUAAAACCUUAAGUUGUUCUACAGGUGAUCCAGUCUGCGCAUUUGAAAGUGGAAAAGCCCCCUGGCCAGCUCAUUUAAUAACCAAUGCAAAAGACUUGUUGGGCUCAGAAAGCUCCAACAUGUCUGGCUCAAGAGUACUGGAAAAAACAAAAGAGGAAUUCCCUCAAGAGAAACUAUUUUGUAAGAAAAAGAGUGUGUCCAAGCAAGGAAUAGAGGAGACACUAAGAGAGAGUUCAAAUCCAGAAACAGCCAAAACAUUCAGCAUUGGUGAUCUCAUUGAGGUAUGUAGUACACACACCAAGUCAGAAGGCACAACAAUGUACUGGAAAUCAGGCUACCCAUUAGGAACAGAAAAGGGGACGCACCCUGGCAGUUCUAAUGAAAUUUUGGAGGCUAAGUGUCAAAUACUUCCACCUGAAGAUCAGACAGAUGGCACUGUGCAACUGAGCAUGGGGGUUUCUUCUGGACCAGAUGGCUGUCGGAGUUCUAAAAAGGAGAUUACUCCGAUGCCAGGAAAAAUGAGAGAUGCUAGAAGUCAUUUACAGACAAAAGACCUGUCGUCAGAAGGAGAUGUUGUAAAGAAAACAUAGCAUCUCUGCAUUCAGAAAGAAAUACAGCAUUAAUAGAACGUAACUAUAAAGCAGAAAACCUGUACAUCUAUUUUUUGUAGGUUUGUGUUUUCACACUCUUGCCUUUUUUCAUUCUUGCAAUUCUAUUUUUGUACACAGCAUUUGUCAUUUGAUGCCUCUUAACAGGGUAUCUUUAAAGAAAAAUUACAAACUGGUUUGCAAAUGUUCUCUUCCCUCACCCUUUAAAAAAUGCUCUUAUUCUGGAGUCUCCUGUACAUUGUCUUCCCUUUGAGCUUUUUGAGAACAUACACUUUGAAAAUAAGGCUCACUUGAGAAGGAUAUCUUUUCACCCUGAGUUCCAAAUUUUAAUCAUUGUGACUUAAAUUUUAGGUCACUUCUUUACAUUGACAGGGAUCUAGAACAACGCCUUUGACAGACUCCGUUGAAAUAUUUUCUGUCAUUGCAUGCCUUUUUUCAUACAUAUCGUAGUCUUCAAAGGGAGCCUUGUAUAUCAAUUUGUGCAAUGAGGCAGUAUUCCUUUAAAAAAAAUCUGUUAAGUGAAAUGUCAAACUUUCAUUUUGCAUGUGAUUUUUUAAAAAAAAUUGCUUUAAAAUAAGCACGAUGUUCCAUCAUAAACUUUUUUUUAAAGAAUUUUUAAUGCUUGUGGCCUUAUCAGCCUUACUUUGCUCAGAGUAGGCAAUUACCUAAAGUGGUACAGGUGGUAACAGUUAGCUCUUAGUAAAGUAGCAUCCUGAACUGCCUCACUGAGAAGUUACUGGAGGAAGUGAGCCUCUAAGAUUAUCCACAUCCAUCUUGUGCAGGAUAGCUAGCUACUGGUUGAAGCAAGUAACAGUUGACAAAGAGUCCUGAUUUGACUUCAUUGGUAGAAACUGAUCUUCACUGAUCAGUCAGGAAAAGGCUAAGACAAACCACUGUAAGUGAGUAGAAAAAAUCCUCUUGUCCCCUGUGUCACUUUUCCAAUUGUAAGCUUACAAUUGACUGGCCCCUAAUUACAAAUGAAUGAUACAUUUGCUGUGAUUUAUAUUUCUCUCUGUUACUCUGUUGCUUAAUUCAUCUAUUUUGUUUCUAAAAUGCUGUUAUCUAUGCAACCUUUGGAAAACUCAACAUCGAUUAGUGCUUUUUUAAAAAGCUGCCUCAAUCUAUAAUACUACACUGAUACAUAGACAAAUAGGUAUACUGUACAUAUACACAGCUAAGCAGUAGAUGAAGCAUUUCAUAUCUUUUCUUUAUUCAACCUCAUUACAAUGUAUAGGCAAAAGUGGCUACUUACACAAACCCCAUAAUUCUUGUGAAUUGAACCUAUGCCCUCUGUAUGUGUGUGAGCAGAGAAUGUAAUAAUUUGUAUAGUCUGCUGUUCUAUAUAGACAAGAAGUGAUCACAUGGCAACUGUAAUAGCUCCCUAGGGCAAGAGCUACAGUUAAUUACAGUGUAGCUUCAUUAAUCUGCCAUGUUUCUGAUAUAAAACCUUCUGCUGCUCCGAUUCGCCUUGCAAAGGCUGUAUGUACUUUUUGAUUGGGAAGUUGAUCUUAAAUUUGCUGUCCUCACAUUUCAAUAACCUUUUGUUUCUUCCUUGAACUUCCUGAGUCCCCCCUCCCCCCGGCCCAUAAAUUACUCUAUACCUAAUUCUCAAUUAUUUGGUUUCAGUUUUGGACCAACAUUUUUUUUUAUUUGGGAUUCUUUUUACAUUAACCACUGUGUUUACGUGUGUGUGUGUGUGUGUACAUAUACAUAUAUACUGUACACACGUGUGCAUGUGUAAUUUUGUCUCUCUGUGUGUGUUGUAAAGCUGUAAAAGAAGAUCCACUGAUUUUCUUGUAUAGUAGUCCUGAUACUUCAGUAUUCAGAGUUUCGACAGUAAAAGUUCCCACAGACAAAAUACACAAACCUCCUUAAUCCUGCCAACAGCACAGAAGAGUGAACUUUAAUGUAUUGGCAUCUACGCCUCUGUCUUAACUGCCUUUUCUCACACUUUGCUGCAUUGAACUCCCAGCAAAGGCAGUUGGGAUGUGAAUACAUCAGACUCAUUUUUAAAAAGCGAAUUGUUUUUCAUAGGUGGGUUGCAUAGCCAUUCAAACUUCUUACCAAUUUAGAUAAUGGAAAAAUAUUAGAUGCCGUGUUGUGACACAGUAUGGAUUUGAGUGCUUUGGAUAAAUAGUAUGAUAUACCCUGUAGCACCUAUGUGCAUAGAUACCCAAAGGAUUUGUUUCUCUAGUUUAGCCAAAUAAACCAUAUUGGGCCACCUCAUUUAUUUAUGUAUUAUAAAUAUGUUACAUAGAUGUUGCCGUGUGUUUAUCUGAUAGGAAGCCUCUAGCCUCCAAGAGCCUUUAUUUGUCACCACUACUUGGUAGAUUCCUUUAAAUCUGGGCCUCCUUUAGUAAAAUUCAUGGCUAGAGAAAGUUCCAUUCUAACCCCAAGUUAAUAAAUCAGAUUUAAACACUUAAAUGCAAAAGUUCUGACAAUCAUAAUGUUACAGAGGGCAAAAUUUAAGAUGUUUAGAGCACUUAAAUCCGUUAAGCCUAAUAGGAGGUGGUGUGUAAUGGGCCAUUUGAAUUCAUGUUAUUAACAUGCUGAGAGGAAUACAGGUGACAGUGUGACUGUUUAUACUCCAGUUAAGGCACCCAGUCCAUACAUAGUGAUACAGCUAGUUCAGCCCUUUAUUACCAUUGUGUUGCAUGAAUGGAAAUUCUGGUUCAAUAGAAUGCAAAUGUAGCCAUCUUACCAUAUUGCUUUCUCAGUUUCUCAUAUUUUAGUUUGUAUGUCUAGAAUUCAUUUAUUUUCCUCAUAGAACCUUUAAACUUUAAGUAUCCAGGUGAUGCAUUCCUCAGCAAUAUUUUAUACCAUUAAAUGGUGCAUCUAAGACCAUCAGACUGAUAUUUAGUGUAAAUAUUAGAUUUUAGCAUUGCUAAAAGCCCAUCCUUAAGGAAGAAUGUCCAAAACUUUAUUGUGCUACAAAAGGGUACAUAUCAUUGACCAGGGUAAGGGGAAUGACCUGUGGGUUAUUUUUUUUUCUUCAUUAGCACUGAAUUAUGGUGUGACAUUUUACAUUUUAGUUUGUUUGUUUUUUUCCCUUUGGGAAGGGGUGAAGUCUUUCUCCAGUUUUAUCUUUACUGGACAUGAAGAAUGGUGCCGUAUUUCCAGUAGAUGAUUUUACAGCUGUGUGUGUGUUUACAAUUGUGUUUUGAUUUUUGUUAUUUUGGAGACCGCGAGCACAGCUUUCACGCUGGGUCCCAGUUUCAAGCUGGUGCCACUCAGCACCUGGCUAGCGGAUGAUGAUGUGGGAUAUAAGUGUUUUUAGAAACUUGAACAAUUACCACGUAAGAGAGGUGCAAUAAUUUUUAUUCUUGUUGUACCUGCAUGUUGAUGUUCAAAUAUUCUUCUGAAAUACACUUCAUUUUUUUUACAUAAA